AGAGGGUGAGUGAGGGAGUUGCAACCAAUCCAUAAACAAAAACUCAAAAAACAUUCAACUUGUUGAUUGUUGGAUGUUGAGGGAGAGGAGACACCCCAAGAAAAAAAAGAAAACAAAGAAGUUGGUACCAGCAACUCUUGCUUUUUUAAAAGCAAAACCCCAAAAACCAUCCCUUAGAUUCUUCUUCUUCUUCUUCUUCUUCUUCUCAAUUAACAUUCUCUCUCUCUUUCUGUUUCUCUGUUCUUUGCUUGGAGAAUCUUUUUCUACUUGUGCUGGUGCUAACAUAAUUCUUUUGUUGUGCUGUGGUUGCACAUUGAGUGUGAAUAUAAUCUGAAUCAAUGACGAAGAUAAGUCCUGAAAUAGAAGAAAAGAUGCAGACGGAAGUAAUUCUUCCAGUUUCAGCUGAUGUAAGCUUUGCUUCUAACGGGUUUCCAAAAUAUAAAUUAGGACCUGACAAUCAGAUUUUGGAAGAGCCAAAAGAGGACAAUAAAGGUCCAUCCUUAAAGGAGGUUGUUGAACAAGAAACUAUACAGCUAUCAGAUCAGCACAAGCGCCUCUCGGUUCGUGACCUUGCUAGUAAAUUUGACAAGAACUUGGCUGCUGCUGCUAAGUUGGCUGAGGAGGCAAAGCUUAGAGAGGUGGCUUCUUUGGAAGGACAUGUUCUUCUGAAAAAGCUUAGAGAUGCACUGGAAUCUUUAAGAGGACGAAUGGCGGGGCAAAACAAGGAGGAUGUAGAGAAAGCUAUCUCUAUGGUGGAGGCACUAGCAGUUAAAUUAACUCAGAAAGAAGGAGAAUUAAUUCAAGAGAAGUUUGAAGUGAAAAAGCUUGCUAACUUUCUUAAACAGGCUUCUGAAGAUGCUAAAAAGUUGGUCAAUCAAGAAAAAUCUUUUGCCUGUGCUGAAAUUGAAAGUGCCAGGGCAGUCGUGCAGAGGUUUGGAGAGGCUUUGGAGGAAGAAGAAAGGAAUGCUCAGAAUUCCAAAAACGAGGCUCCUGAUGUGGAGGAACUAAUUGAGGAAGUUCAGGAAGCUAGAAGAAUUAAAUUGUUGCAUCAGCCAACCAAGGUGAUGGAAAUGGAGCAUGAGCUUCAUGCGCUGAGAACUCAGAUUCGGGAGAAAUCUAUAUUUUCGGUUAAACUUCAGAAUGAGUUGGCAAUGAGCAAGAGAGCCAAGGAGAAUAAAUCCUCUCCAUAUGUCAUAGAUGGUUCUGAAACUCUAGGUUCAUGUCUGCAACUACAGCCUAGAUCAAAUGCUUCUCCACCACCACUUUCAAAGUGUUCAAUUCAGUGGUGCCGUAUAUCUUCUGAUGGCAGCCACAAAGAAGUUAUUUCAGGUGCCAACAGAGCAAUUUAUGCCCCUGAACCGUUAGAUGUUGGACUUAUUUUGCAAGCAGACAUCAUUUCAAAUGGCCAAAAAAUCACAGUAACAACUGCUGGUCCCAUUGAAACUGCUGCAGGAUUGGGAAGCUAUGUAGAUAAUCUUUUGCGGAAAUCUAGCUCUGAAUUUAAUGUAGUUAUUUCCCAGAUGAAUGGACAAGAUCAUCCAUCACAUUCUGUUCACACAUUUAAUGUGGGAAAAAUGAGGAUAAAGCUCUGUAGAGGGUGGAUUACAAAGGCUAGAGAAAUUUAUUCUGCAUCUAUGCAGUUAUGUGGAGUUCGAGCUAAUAGUAAUGCUGCAGCAAAGGCGUUAUUCUGGCAACCGAGGAAGGGUCUUUCAUUUGUAUUGACAUUUGAAUCAGAACGAGAAAGGAAUGCAGCCAUAAUGAUUGCCAGGAAAUAUGCUCUUGAUUGUAAUGUGAUACUUGCUGGACCAGAGGAUCAAUUAUAGAACAAAAUGUAACUGACACAAGUGUUUUUACUUUACCAUGUGAGGAUAAUCAGGUUUAGAUAGUGUGGGAGUGAUUUGUAUGCGUGUUUGCACCAUGAUGAAGAGGAAUGCACCUUUAUUGUAUUGGUCUGCUAAGCUUGUUGCUGUCGUCUUAGGCAUCGUUUUUUAUUUGCCUAAUCUAUUGUAACAAAUUCAUCUUUUUUAAUUGAUUGGUUCAUUUGUUGAUGAUUUGCA